AUGGCUUCAGCACAGCAACAGCAAGAUCUAAAGCUCUUCUUCGAAUAUCAAGGCGUUGCAGAGAACGACGUAAAUCGACUACAUUACAUUCAAAAGUUUACAGAUUUUCAAUUUUUCAGACUAGCUAACCCCGUACACUCGUCGUUCGACAGAGCCUACAUCAAGUGGUUACAACAACCGAUUUAUCAGACAAUGGAAAGCAGCACAAUUAUUACAACACCCCCGCCACAAACCUUUUUCAACGCGUUACAACAGCCACCACCGUACACGUCACCGCCUGUCCUAAACAAUGUGAACGAAUACUACAAUAACGAUCUAUUAAAUAUCAUGAACCCGAUAAACCCGAAUACCCUAUACCACAACAACGAAGCAGAAUAUCUACUAAAUGAAACAACAUCAACAACCGAAGUACUAGAAUCAAGUAGCGAUAAUCAAUCUCCCGCAACAUCCCCCACACCAACACAACCGCCCGCGACCCCCGUGAAAAACAUACCCCUAACACCUAUGGGUAAAAACAUAAACAAUUUUAAAAAAAGUCUAAAACGAAAAGCAUCGUCUGCGUCUAAAAGUGGUAGACCAAAUAAACACGUACAUCUCACAAGGAUCGCAAACGAUGAAGCAGACGAGGAGAAAAUCCGUUCACAAGACGUUAUUCUCUACGCAUUGGAUGGUAAAGAGAAAAAACGAAAAACAAUUUUAACUACUAGCAACGAAACCCUCGAAACUUAUAACAUAAAACACUAUCAAUGCUACAUAUAUCUAGGCGAUAAACGCGAACGUGCAUUAGAGAAAAUUAAAACACAAAAAGACAAACUAGAAAAACUUUGCUAUCUUGAAAAAUUCACAAUUGAAGCGUUAAAAAAUCGUAAAAGUAGAAAACUCGAAAAAAAUGUUUUGUGAAUAAUUGUAUAAAAAAUAUAAAUAAAUGAUAUAAAAAUUGUAUGUGUGUCAUAUAUCACUACCCGAAAAACACCCGUAAUUUCAGGUCGCUCACGCCCCGAAAUAUGAUCCAACAACCCGCAAACACCCGCGACGCCCCAAAAUCGGGCGCGCGAGCAUAAAAGAGCGCGAACUUCAAAUCCAAAUCACUUCGGUCGACCGCGGCUUUGGAGUAACAUCUCGCCCCAGCCCCCGUUCUCGUAAGAACGACGCGCGCGCGCCCCUCCCCCCCCAAAAAAAAACAAAUCCACACCCUCCAGAGCGCGCGGCAGGACACAACAUUCCUGAAGUCACAUGACCACCAAAACUCCCCCCGUCCGUACAGCCCACCACGCCCAUGGCCAACGCCCUCUUGGACACUCUCGCGCAAUACUAAUUCCAGUUAAAUUUUCCUGGUUCCCGCUCCCCCUUGUUUUUUUAUUGUAUAUAUAUAACGACUACUCCUACGUUUUUGCGCCCACGGUCCUUGUCUUUUGCGGUUGCAUUUCUGAUCUCUAUUUUUAACUGGAUGCUGUCAUAAGGACAGAAACAUAUAAUUUGUAAAUAUUGAUAUCUUCUAACAUGUAAAAUAUGUAACUUGACAGAUUUUUAAAGAUAUAGUUAUUCUUGAUAAUUUAUUUAUUAACUUGUAAUUCAGCAUUUGCUGCAAUAAGUUUUUGAAUAAACCUAUUAUUAUUAUUAUUAAAGAAGAGAAAAGGAAAGCCAUUCUCUGGAAGGCAAAAACAUGACAAAACUCCAAGCGGUUUAGGAGAAAAUCAGCCGAGCACCUCCCAGGAGAAUUCGUCAAUAUCCUCCUCUGAGACACCACGUGUUAGUGCAUCAAGAAGAAAAUUCCUUCCAGAGUCCAUUGAAACCCCCGAUCAGGUGAUAGAUUUUGAUAAGAAGGGCUAUUGUCUUAUAGAUAUCGCCAAAUUUUCCGAUUCACUAUCCGAAGCACAUACCAAGGAUGAUGGUAAGUACUAAAAGUAGCCUUGUGCCAGAUUGUGUAUCACUGUUUGUUUGUAUGAAUUUUCAUGUGUUUAUAGUUAUCAUUUUGUAUCCUUGAAAUGCUUCAGACUAGUUUAUAUCUUUUCUAUAGAACACAGUUUGAAAUUCCUAAACAGUUACAUCAUUUUUUAAAGUUGUAAUGAUUUGUACUUGUUUCAGUUAUUUAUUGUUUCUCUUCAAAAGCUAUACUCCAUUGUAUCAAGAAUCUAAAAAUUGUUGCAGUUUAGUAUUUCAUUGAUUUUUUUAUUUUCUAAUUAAUAAUUAUCGUCAAUUAGGCAGCUUGAUGAUCCAGGAAAAUAUAUCAGGAAGACGCAGUCUGAUGAGUGACCUCUCAGCUAGUUGCUCUUCAUGCCAAGAGGAGUUUGAUUUGGAGAUACCUGGCAAAGGUUAUUCUGCUGAUGUAAAUCGUUGAGCAGUAUAUCAUUCUGUAGAGACAAGCGGUGGUUAUGAAAGCCUUAUAAUAUUCUGCAGCAUCAUGAACAUGCCUUGUAUUAGUAAGACUGCAUACUAUCAACAUCUGGACACUAUUGUAAGUGCUCUUGAGGCGGAAGUGAAAGAGGAAAUACGACAGGCUGCACAAAAGCUCAGGAAACUCAUUUUAGCAGAAAUUGGAUCUGAGGAUGACAGUUCCAUUGUUGACGUUGGAGUCGGCUUCGAUGGCACAUGGGCUAAAAGAGGGUUUACAUCUCUCAUUGGUGUUGUGUUUGCCAUAUCGAUAGACACUGGGGAAGUCCUUGACUACCAUGUGGUUUCGAAAACAUGUCAGCGAUGUGCCUUGAAGAAAGGGCAGUGUGAGAAUGAUGAAGAAUUUGAAGACUGGGAGAUUGAGCAUGUGUUUUCUGGUGAGUGUGAAAUAAAUUUUAAUGGAAGUUCCCCAGCAAUGGAGGUGGAAGGUGCAAAAAUUCUAUGGAACAGGUCAAUUGAACUACAUAACAUUAGAUACAAGUGGAUGAUAUCCGAUGGGGACAGCAAAGCCUUUAGUGCCAUUGAAGAUGCGUAUGAUGAAGUGAAAGAAGAAAAGUUGGCUGGUGUUGGCAAUGUCCAAAAAAGAAUGGGAAAGAAUCUCCUAAAAUUAAAGAAUGCUACUAAAGGCAAACUUGCCGAUGGAAAGAUAGUUGGUGGACGUGGCCGACUUACCGAAAAGAAAAUUUUACAAAUUCAGCAUUAUCAUGGCUGA